UGCAAAGUUCUAAGCUUUUCAGUUGCUUUGGGGUGCAGAACCGCUUCAGACAUGCUGAAGAGCACCCUGCUGUGCGCGGUGCUGGGGCUCCUGCGGGCGCAGCCCUUCCGCUGCCCGCCAGCUUGCAAAUGUGUCUUCCGGGACUCUGCGCUAUGCUCCGGGGCCGACGUGGCGCGCAUCUCGGCGCUGGGCCUGCCCACCAACCUCACUCACAUUCUGCUCUUUCGCAUGCGCCCCGGGGCCCUGCAGAAGCACAGCUUCAGCGGCAUGACGGUCCUACAGCGCCUGAUAAUCUCCGACAACCACAUUACCGCCAUUGCCCCCGGCACCUUCAAUGACCUGAUAAAACUAAAAACCCUCAAGUUGUCGCGCAACAAAAUCACUCAUCUUCCAGGUUCGCUACUGGAUAAGAUGGUGCUCCUGGAACAGUUGUUUUUGGAUCACAACGCACUAAGGGUCAUUGACCAAAACAUGUUUCAGAAACUGGUUAGCCUGCAGGAGCUCUUUUUGAACGAAAAUCAACUAGAUUUCCUUCCUGCUCGUCUCUUCACAAAUCUGGAAAACCUGAAAUUAUUGGAUUUAUCGGGAAACAACUUGACCCACCUGCCCAAGGGCUUACUUGGGGCACAGGCUAAACUUGAGAAACUUCUGGUUCACUCGAACCAGCUGGUUUCCCUGGAUGCGGGGCUGUUGAGCAGCCUGGGCGCUCUGGUCGAGCUGCAGCUCCACCGAAAUCACAUCCGAUCCAUCGCGCCCGGCGCAGUCGACCAGCUGCGAGCCCUGAGUUCUUUGACGCUUGGGAAAAACCACCUCGAGUUUCUGCCCUCAGGGCUCUUUCUUCGCUCUCACAAUCUGACCGUAUUGACUCUGUUCGAGAACCCGCUGGAAGAGCUCCCGAGGGUGCUCUUCGGGGAGAUGGCAGGCCUGCACGAGCUGUGGCUGAACGGCACCCGGUUGCGCACCCUGCCUGCCGCCGCCUUUCGCAACCUGAGCCGCCUGCGGACGCUGGGGGUGACUGCCAGCCCGCGUCUCAGCUCACUCCCUCCGGACGCCUUCCGGGGCCUGGCGGAGCUCCGGGUGCUCGCCCUGCACUCCAACAGCCUGACCGCCCUCCCAGACGGCUUGCUGCGCGGCCUCGGCCGGCUGCGCCAGGUGUCGCUGCGCCACAACCGGCUGCGGACUCUGCCGCGCGCGCUCUUCUCCAACCUCAGCAGCCUGGAGAAGGUCCAGCUCGACCACAACCAGCUGGAGACCCUGCCUGGCGACCUGUUUGGGGGUCUGCCCCGGCUGACAGAGGUCCUGCUGGGACACAAUCCCUGGAGCUGCGACUGUGGCCUACAGCCAUUCCUGGGGUGGCUGCUGCAGCAUCUAGAGCUCGUGGGCCGAACGGAGCCCCCGCUGUGCCGCGGUCCCGGACUGCGCGCCGGCCUGCAGCUCUGGGCCCUGCCGGUGGCCGACCCCACGUGCUCGGGCACCCGGGGCCCGUCUCCGCACCCUCGUGUGCACAGCUCCUCAGAAGCCCCCAGCCACACUACCUCGGUGCCUGACAGCCCAGAACCCUGGGCAUGGACACAGCUGGCGGCCACGGGCAAUAGUCAAGACCAUACCCUGUUCUUGGCUCUUUAUUUUCUGCUUUUAGUCGCUCAGGCCAUCAUAACUGGGAUCAUUGUGUUUGCUAUGUUUAAAGUCGGCCGGCUCUUUCGAAACUUAAUCAGAGAGCUCUUGUUUGAGUCAAUGGGAAAAUCUUAUAAUUAG